AAUUCACUGUGCCGCACACACCGAUCUCAUUCCGCAUGAGCAGCUGAAGAAGUGGUGGAUUGUUUUUAUACAAUGUUGAUGUAUAUGUGUGGUUAAUGUUCGAACUUUAGGCAUGUUUUACUUUUGACAAAUGAUAAUAAAUUGAGCACAAUUGAUCGUAUCGUAAUGUGUGACUCGUUUUGGGAACCUGUAGCCGAAAUCUACCUCGUUGAACGGGAGAAGACCGAUAAUAUCGAUGAUUAUUACAGUUGUGUCGUUAGCAGAGUGGUUUUAGGGGAUACUAAAAAUUGCACAGUUUUAAGUUCAGAAAAUGACAGUGAAGAAGAAGCUAUUGAGAAAGAUCUUAUGGAAUGGACAUUGGAUCCUGACAAGGGAUCUAGAAUAGAGACUCAGUCUAUAGAGAAGCAUGAUGAGGAACCGGUAAGCUGUUAUGGCAGUGCAUCUCACACAGAUAACAAUUAUUCUACAGACGAACAUGACUCAGUACGCGAUUCUGCUCACCGGUCCACCAUACAUGCUUCAACUCAGAAACUGGGUCUGCACCAAUCGGACUCUGGUGCAGACUUGUCUGAAUAUCGUGACCAACAUGAAGCAAGAAAUCUCUCAACAUCUCGUGCAAAAGUUUUUAAAGCUACAGACACAGUAAUCGAGAGUGACUGCAAAAACAUGGAUAUGUUGACUGAGUAUAUUGAGUGUGACAAGGAAUUAAUAGCACAAAGUUUAGCAACCAAUACCGCAAGCAAAGCGCACAACGAAGAUAACUCUUUUACGGAAUAUAAUUAUGCUCCUUACAUUAAUUCCUAUUCCGCGUAUCAUGGAAAUGAUGAAACCGAAAUGCACAGGGCGUGGUUGCAUUUUUGGACGGAAAACGGAGAACGAAUAAUCUGGACAUCGUGGAUUAAGAAAUAUGCGGAUUACAUCAAUCCUGAUUAUUUUCAGAGUAACACGGCGAGAGAAGAUGAGCAACCGGAAAAUGCAGAAAUUAAUGAACCAACCGCAAAAAAUUGUCACGAGCAUGACAUGUGCAGCCAGAACGAAACGUGCAGGAACUGUGAACUUGUACCUUCGACCUCGAACGGAAUUUUUCACCAAGACGAUUCGAGCGACAAUCGUAUACUCGAGGAAUUGCCGCAAGAUGAGACUAUCGGAGAAGGCUGGAACCCUCUGAGUCAACCAAGUAUAGAAGAGAACUAUAAUCAGUAUUCUAAUGCGGAAGACGAGAGAUUAUUAACGAGGUGUGAUUCCAUUAAUGGUUCAAUAGCGAAAACAAACGUUACUUCCGAUUCCAUGACAAACGUUACGAAAAUGACGCUAACUAGUUCCAGUUAUGAUUCAUCCUUAUCUCUUUCUUCUUCUUGCUCUUCCUCGUCAUCUCUUUCAUUGAACCUUGACAUUUUUUUCGAGAAUUCCACACAAGAAAGCGAUGUGACUAGUACCUCAGACCCCGAAGACAAUUUUCGGGGAGAACACGAUAAAUACUGGCAGCAAUUAUGGUGGGAACACUUCGAAUUGCAAUAUCGAAAGCAGUAUGAACUUUUCGUAUUGAGUUAUACGAAAGCGCAUAGUGUAGAUCAUGCCCUAACCGACGAAGAUAUCGAAUACGAUACAGAGGCUGAUCUAAGUGACGAUGCAAUACAAAUCAACAAGUCUUCACCGAACAAAGUUCGUUCGACGAAAAAUAGCAAAACUUCCAGGAAUACGCGAUCUUCGACAUCGCACAAACUUAAAACAGAAAACCUGAUCUCAAGUUCCGUGGGUGUUCUCCUGAAGAAUCUGGCAAUGGAUCCAGAUGCGACCGCUAUACCAAGUUCUUUUGCUGAGGAGGAUCAGCACAAAACUUCAGAUGAACGUACUAAUUGGCUCAACGUGACUUCCCGAAGGCGAAUCCAUCGGCAAAAGAGGAUUUCGAUCGGUUCCCAAAAAUCGAAUAAUGUCUCAUUGAUUGGUCUUGUCUUCCGAUCCGAAAAGUCUAUAAAAUGGCACGAUGAUAUUACUUUCCGUAAACGUAAUAUCAUAUGGAAGGCCAUAAAAUCUGUGAAGCCGAAAAACGAGCAAUUGCCCGAGCCGUGUUCUAGCGACACUGAUGCAAUCUUGCAAAAUAAGGAUCUUAGGCAGUUAUUGCAACAUCAGCAUGCAUCAGAGACUGCGAUCUACGAUAAAGUACGUGCCGAUGAACGUUCUGGUACAAGUACUUGCCUAGAAACAGACACUGACGGCGAUCCGAGCCCUAAUAAGAAGAAAAGUAAUAAACGUACGUGUGCAUUUUCCUCUUCGUCAGAAGCGUUGGACAACCAUUCCGAAUGGGACGAUAAUGAAGAAAUUAUCGUUCAUGAACUCACGGAACUGGACGUUUCUGAGGAUAACGAAAGCAACGAAGAAGAACUUUGGGAACGUAGAAGAUGCAAAAGAUUAAGGACAGAAGAUGAUACUGCAGAGCCUCCACAAGAGGUAGAAGACGAUCCUACUCUCGUAAGAUAUUGGUUGAAUCGAUAUGAACUAUUUCAUAAAUACGAUGAAGGCAUUCAAUUAGACAAAGAGAGCUGGUAUUCCGUAACACCGGAAAGAAUCGCCAAACAAAUAGCAAGGCGAUGUAAAUGCAAUAUCAUCAUUGAUGCAUUUUGUGGUGCAGGAGGCAACACCAUACAAUUUGCGUUGACGUGUAACAAAGUUAUAGCGAUUGAUAUUGACCCUAUAAAAAUUGAACUUGCCAAGCAUAACGCAAAAAUUUAUGGCGUUGACAACAAAAUCGAGUUUAUAGUAGGCAAUUUUCUCGAAUUGGCGCCGAAGUUGGAAGCCGACGUCGUAUUUUUAAGCCCACCUUGGGGUGGCCCGGGUUAUUUGGAAUCGUUAAUAUUUGAUAUCGAGUGGAUCUUUCCUGUCGGUGGAAAACAUGUGUACAAAGCAGCACGGCGAAUAUCAACAUCUGUGGCCUACUUUUUACCUAGAAAUGUAAAUAUUAGACAGGUGAGAAUGCUAGCCAAAAAGGGAGAUAGCGUCGAAACGGAACAAUAUUUCGAAAAGAAUAGACCAAUUGCAGUGACCUGUUACUAUGGUGGACUGAUCACAAAAACGGAAAGCAUGGAGAACACCGAACAAAUCUAAUGAUACUUAGAAUUGAAAAUAUAAGAGUACAGAAGUUACAAAUACAACUGUAAGUCUUUCCUUGAAGAUGUAAUAAUAUAAUGUAAUAAUAUAAUAA